AUGGGUGGGACCACGAUCAAGAAGACCUGCAAGGUCCCCGACUUCCCCCCCCGCCAUGUCCCCAACUGGAUGCCCAAAGUGCUGGAGCAGCGCCGGCAGGGCCUGGAGCUUUACAUCCAGGGUGUCCUGUACCACAACGAGGAGUUGCCCCAGGACGUGCUGGACUUCCUGAAGGUGCGGCGCUGCCAGCAGGACCCCAAGGCCAGCAGACCCCCCGCCGGCCACCUGCCUUCCCAGCGGCCCGUCGUCAGCUUCUGCACUGACCCCUACGCACAGCCACUGGGCACCGACCUUCUCCCCGACACCGUCCUCAGCGGGGUGCUGCAGGGCCUCUACAUCCACCCGAGCUGCACCCCCAGCCAGGCAGUGCCCCAAGCCCCUGGCCUGCCGGGCUCCUGAGCACCCACCCAGCACCCAGGGCCACAGUGGCGAGCGGCCGGGCAGCGGUAAGGAUCCCUGUGGUAAAAAUAACUCCUCCCCACUGGGAUGGGGCAGGAAAACUGGGUGGGAGAAGCCAAGGGGUACGGUGGGAGCUACAGCUGCUCUGCGGGCCAGCGCUGCUCACCCACCACCAUCCAAAGUGCCUUCACUGGAAGAGCAGGAGCUCCGCCUUCUGCCCUGACCUUUUGGGGUUGCCAAGGAGCCUUUGGACCCUGAACCGUGCCAGAAAACCCCUCAGCAUCCGGGCUUUGGUGCAAUAAAUCACUUGGGCUUG